UGCUUCUUCGCACCACACACACACACCAACCGCCCUCCACUUUGUAAGCUCAUUUCCAAGCUCUAAGUCACACCAUGGCACGGCGUUUUCUGGCCGUGCUCGCCGUCGUCCUCGCGCUCUCGCAGGCCGCCUCGGCCAAGCCCUGGCUCGACGAGAAGUUCAACACGGACGGUACUGUCCGGACGGGAUACGACGCUUCGGGGCAGCAGGUGGUGACGCUCAGCCUCGACCAGCGCUCCGGCGCCGGCUUCAACUCCGAUGAGCAGUACCUGUACGGUGAGUUCAGCAUCCAGAUGAAGCUCAUCCCGGGAAACUCCGCCGGCACCGUCUCCUGCUUCUACCUUUCUUCCGGUGAUGGCGACGGGCACGACGAGAUCGACAUGGAGUUCAUGGGCAACUCGAGUGGCCCUGGCCAUCCAGUAGUGCUCAACACCAACGUGUGGGUCAACGGCGACGGCAAGAAGGAGCACCAGUUCAACCUCUGGUUCGACCCCGCCGCCGAUUUCCACACCUACACCAUCAUCUGGAACCCGGAGAACAUCCUCUUCAAGGUUGACGACCUCUUCAUCCGCUCCUUCAAGCGCUUCGACGGCAUCCCUUACACUAGCUCCAAACCCAUGAGGCUGCACGCCACGCUUUGGGACGGCAGCUUCUGGGCGACUGAGAAGGGCAAGGUCCCCAUCGACUGGUCCAAUGCGCCCUUCAACGUCUUGUACCGCAACUACUACGCCAAUGCCUGCGUCAGCGGCGGCGCGUGCCAUUCCGGCAGCGACGGGUGGAUGAACAGGCAGCUCGACGGCGCCGAGUGGGGCACCGUGAAGUGGGCGGAGCGGAAUUACAUGAGCUACAACUACUGCGAGGAUGGGUACAGGUUCCCGCAGGGGUUCCCCGCCGAGUGCAGCCGCUACUGAUCCCUGCUCUGAUCUAGAGGGCCGGGCAUUCAUCCAUUGUUUGAUAUCUUUUUCUUCGAUACAGUACUUGAUUCUUGUUCUUGUUUGUGAAUUUGUAAUUAAAAAGCAGCCCUGCGGCAGCGUGUGGGCGAUUGUUUGUACAUUUUUCCUAAAGAAAGAAGCAUGUAAUUUUUAUUCACAAGCAGUAGUGCUAUAUAUGACAAUCUUCUUUUAUUCACAA